ACAGCCCUGAGCUGGCCCAACCCAAAAAUAAUAAAGAAGGUUAAAGUAUAUCUAUCCACCAGCGACCACCGGUUCCAAAUCCACCACCUUUGACACCCAUUUCCAUUCUUCAAUCCCCUAAUAAUUUACCUACUUCUCUUUUCCAUAGUAACCAAUUUUACCAUUAACAUCCAAAACCCAAUUCAAAGAUUGUUUUCUUUUUUAGUAAUUAUAACCCCCAAUCUUUUCUAAUUUGUUCUUGUUAUUUGCUGACUUUCAAUUUAAAUUCCUUUUGGGUUUAAUGGCGGUGUUGUCUAUUGUGCUGCUUUAUAUCGGUGCUUUGUCUUCUAUUGGGUUAGUUUCAGCGUCAGAAUCAUCUGUUUGCCCUGAUCAGUCGUCUGUUUUAUUGUAUAAUCUUUAUUCCCAAUGCCCCCUUGAGAUCUCACCCAAUCCUCCGCUUCAGGUUGAUGGGAACUUCUUGGACAAAGUGUUAGCUACAAAUAAGAGGAACUCGUUUACAUCUGUGCUGUUCUAUGCUUCCUGGUGCCCAUUUUCACACUAUAUUCGCCCUAAAUUUGAUAUGCUUGGUUCCAUGUUCCCUCAAAUAGAACAUUAUGCCAUUGAGGAAUCAGCAGCCCUCCCAAGUAUAUUCUCAAGAUAUGGAAUUCAUAGCUUGCCCACAAUAUUAAUGGUCAACAAAACAUCAAAGAUGCAAUAUCAUGGGCCAAAGAAUAUACAAGCCCUUGUUCAAUUCUACGAAAACAUAACAGGGAUCAAACCGAUCGUACAUUUAGCUGAAGACGAGUCAACCACCUCUGAUAUCAUCGAAGAAUCCAUCAUGCAACCAUGGAUUGGGUCUUCUUUGGAGGAGAUGAUGAAAAGGGAACCUUACUUAGUGUUUGCCAUAUUAUUCCUUACUUUACGAGUACUUCUGUAUAUAGCUCCAAAAGUGCUAUCUCAUCUCAAGGCUUUCUACGGGUUAUAUAUUCCCCAUUUCAACGUAGAAAUAUUCGGCGAGACAAGUCAAUUAUUUGGCCGCAUCCUGCACAUGAUUGAUGUGAGGAGGGUUUGGACAAAGCUGCGAUUGUGCAAGACUAGGAACUUCCAUCAAAGUGCCAAAAAUUGUCGGGUUUGGGCUUCUUCCCUAGCUUCUGUUUCGUUGGGUAAAUCUUCAUCAUCAGCUAGAUAACUACCCUAAUGUGAUCCGAAAAGUACAAACUUAUUGUAUUGUGUAUUACAAGUUACAACUGUUUUGAUGCUCAAGAACAGGUAGUCCCUUCUUUUCCCUCCCCCGGCUUCUCUGUGUUUCUCUGAUGUUAAAAUUUUAUGGUAACUGGUUGAUGAUGAUAGUGGUAAUAGCUUAAGCUGUUGUCGUUUGUUUGAGUUUUCAGAGGAAGUAAAACAGGCAUGUAAAUUUGAGAACAAGUAUUUUACUUCUUUUUUGUAUAUUUGUAUUAAUUUUCACUUAGAAGAAUACUGUCACACAUUAGUGGAAUGUAAGCAUAACUUCUACUC